CGGACCUCCAACGCAUUGAGUUGGAAGGCCGUCUAAGUAAAUUCGAUGCAUUGUUUGGUGAAUUCGAUGAAUUACAGUUGGAGAUCGAAGUACUUGCGGAUAACCCAGAGGGAGCGUAUGCAGAGCGAACCAAGUUCGAGGAACGGUAUCACUCAUUGGCUGCGCAGGCGCGUUUACUACUUGGCACUGGCAAUGCUGCCUGCGCCGGUGGUGACGGCGGGUCUGUAGCGGGCUCCUCGAAUAAAAACACAGGUCAAUCGUUCCAAAAUGGCUUUAUACGCAUGCCGACCAUCAAUUUACCUCAUUAUGACGGUAGUUAUAAUUACUGGCUAGAGUAUAGAGAGACAUAUUUAUCGCUUAUCCAUAAUAGUAGCGCGAUAGAUGACAUUAGUAAAUUCCACUACCUUCGUGCGUCAUUAAAAGGAAGCGCAAAAGAAAUAAUUAAGAAUAUUGAUUUCAAAGGAGACAAUUAUCAAAUGGCGUGGAGUUUACUAUGUGAUCGGUAUGAUAACAGUAGACUUUUAGUGCAUAACCACGUGCAGGCACUGUUCAAUGUUGAUAAGCUGCAAAAAGAAUCACAUUUGUCGUUACGUUCACUCAUAGAUAGCAUUAAUAAAAAUAUUAGAGCGUUAAAAACAUUGAACGAGCCCACGGAUUCUUGGGAUACGCUUAUAGUGUAUAUGAUGUCAUGCAAAUUAGAUCCCAUCACUAGUAGGAACUGGGAGGAGUAUCGCAAUACAUUGGAUACUGCACCCACUUUAUCACAAUUUUGUAAAUUCAUUAGCAACAAAGCAGAUUUAUUAGAAACAUUAGAAAACAAUAAUCAAAAUCAUAAAAUAAUACAUAAAUUAGAUAAUAAACAAAAAAGCUUCAUAGUUGCCACUAAUAAUUAUAACAAUCAUAACAAUAAUCAUAACUCAAACCAAAUUUCUUACAAUAAAACCCCAUUAAAAUGCCCCCUUUGUUUUAAACACCAUCUAUUAUAUACAUGUGAAUCUUUCAGAAAUCUAUCUAUAGAAUCACGAGUUUGUAAAGCAAAGGAACUCAAUGUGUGUAUGAAUUGUUUACGCACAGGUCAUAUCACAUCAAGAUGUAGAUUAUCACGCUGCAAAUAUUGCAAAGGAAAGCAUAAUACUCUCUUGCAUGUAGAUGACCAGACCAUGUCUACGUCUAUUAAUAAUUCUAUGCCUAGUAGUAGUAGUAGUGUCGCCCUUCCUAUUGACAUUGCCGGUAUUUCUUCUACUAAUUGUCCAACAGGCAAUGUCGCUUUAUCUUGUGACACUAUCAUACAGAAUACUACUUCUUCUAUUUUACUGUCCACAGCUAUGGUGAAGGUUGUGAGCGAUGACGGUGAGAAGUUCGACGCCAGGAUCCUACUCGAUAAUGGUAGCACAGCCAAUUUUAUUACGCAGACGCUUAGUAACAAGCUGAGAUUGCCUCGGCGGAACAUUAACUCCACAAUAACAGGUAUAAAUAGCCAAACAUCAAAUAGUACACAAUCUUGUAAUCUUACUAUUAUAUCACGAGAUGACAAUUUUAAAAUUAAUAUUGACUGCUAUAUUCUGCCUGAAAUUACAAAACUGUUACCUCCAGCUUCAAUUGACAUUCGCAACAUUCCUAUACCUUCAAAUUUACAGUUAGCCGACCCUUCUUUCUAUUGUCCGUCAGCUAUUGACAUAUUAGUUGGUGCUGAAGUAUUUUGGGCGGUUCUCGGUAGUGCAUCUAUUAAACUCGGUAAAAACCAACCUACAUUAUAUGCAUCUAAAUUCGGUUGGAUAGUUACCGGUCCUGUGAUUGUUUCAUCAAAGUCUUUCUCAACAAAACAAUCGCAUUAUUGUAAUCUACAAACUAAUGAAUUAAACUUAAAUUUAAAUAAAUUCUGGGAGUUGGAUUCGGUUCCUUUAAAAAAAUAUAGUUUAUCUCCAGAAGAACGAGCCUGUGAGGAAAGCUUUCGUACUAAUACCACUCGAAACAAAGACGGUCGUUUUAUGGUUACUUAUCCAUUGAAAGACAACUGUAACACGUUAGGUAAUUCUUAUGAAAUGGCUAAACGUCGAUUUCUUUCCUUAGAACGUCGUUUUCAACGUGAUCCUAACUAUAAAGAGAAAUACGUUCAGUUUAUGGCAGAGUACGAGCGCCUGGGACAUAUGACUGAGAUUACUUCACCAUUGAAACCGCAUUCUAGUAGCGACAUUGAGUAUUUUUUGCCGCAUCAUGGUGUGGUUAGGGAAUCCAGUACUACAACUAAGCUCCGGGUAGUCUUCGAUGCCUCUGCUGCUUCCACAUCUGGAAUAUCAUUCAAUGAUAUUCAGAUGGUGGGGCCUACUGUCCAGGAUGAUCUGUUCUCCAUUUUACUACGUUUCCGUCAACACAAAUAUGUAAUAUCUGGCGACGUAGAAAAAAUGUAUAGAGCAAUUGACAUCACUCCCUCCCGCCGUACUUUACAACAGAUAAUUUUUAGAUCGAAUCCCAAUGAACCCUUAAAAACAUACAGACUUAAUACCCUAACUUAUGGCACAGCUUCUGCCCCUUACUUAGCCACGAAAUGUCUGGUUAGUUUAUCGCCAGAAUCAAGUAAUGAAACCGUAAAGACUUCUAUUGAACGUGACUUCUAUGUCGACGAUUAUCUAAGCGGUGGUAAUUCAAUUUCUGAGGUGGUCAAAAUGAUCAAAGCCGUGCACAUCGAGCUCGUUACAGACCUAUCUAAAGCAGGGUAUAUGUCUGCUUUAAACCGUUUUGUGGCUCGUCGAGGUAAACCUCAAAGUAUCUUGUCUGACAACGGUACUAACUUUGUCGGCGCCUGCAACGAACUACAAACGUUUUUACAGAAAUCUGAUAUUUCAUACGAGGUCACCCAACAAGGUAUUGAGUUUGCAUUCGCUCCUCCCUAUUCACCACACUUCAAUGGUAUCGCUGAGGCAGCAGUCCGUUCCACCAAACAUCAUUUAAGGCGAUUACUGCAAGUAGCUCAUUUUACGUAUGAGGAGAUGGCAACAUGUUUGAUUCAAAUUGAGGCAGUUUUAAACUCACGUCCAUUAACCCCUAUUUCCUGUGAUCCUUUAGAUUUAACAGCCCUAACUCCUUCACAUUUUUUAAUUGGACGACCACUAAUGUCGGUUCCACAUCCACAAGUAAUUGACAUCAAAAUUGAGCGUCUGGAACGCUAUCACAGGGUGCAGCACAUCAAACAACAUUUCUGGCAAAGAUUUCACCUCGAGUAUAUUUCUCUACUCCAACAGAAAACCAAGUGGACGUCUUCAACUGGCCAUCUGUCUGCUGGAACACUCGUCCUAGUAAAGGAUAGAGGACAACCGCCGCUACUGUGGCUCCUGGGGCGCGUCACUAAAGUUUUCCCUGGCAUCGACGGGGCCGCACGCGUGGCCGAACUGAAGACCAAGAAGGGAACAAUUUUGAGGGCUUUCAACAACCUCUGCCCUCUUCCUGUUUCUUGA